AUGGCCCAAACUAACCUUCCAACACAGCUUCAAGUAGGUGAGAAAAUGGUAAAUAUCCAACAGCGACUUGGUAACGGCGCUUUUGGUGUCGUCUACAAAGUAAUAGAAGAAGGAACGUCCAAAGUAUACGCUAUGAAAGAUAUCCUUUGUUUGAAUGAUUCAGCCAUUCGUAAUGCCAUCCGCGAAGCUUCAACACUAAACCGAAUCUCUCAUGAAAAUGUUAUUGCGAUCGUGAGUGUUGGCGAGUUUCGCGAUAGCCGAGGUUCGCACAUGUUGCUUUUGACCGAGUAUUGCCCCGGCGGAAGCUUAAAUGAUCGCCUUGCUCGACCAAGCAGCGACCAACAAAAUCUGACAUGGAUGACCCAAACCGCCGAAGCUGUUGCCCACCUUCACUCGUGCAACGUAGUCCACCGCGAUCUGAAGGCAGAUAAUGUGCUCCUGACUGCAUCAGAAGAUGUCAAAUUGGGCGACUUUGGCCUUGCCCGUGAGUAUACCGCACUAAAACGAGCUGGCGUGGUACAGGAUGAUGGCUCGUGGCUGGCUAUUUACGAGCAAUACUACAUGCAAUCGAGAAUAGGUCCAAUCCACUGGGUAGCUCCAGAAUUUCUCCGCGGCCAUUAUACUGAAAAGGCUGACAUUUUCUCUCUCGGAACGCUCCUCUUUGCAAUACUCGAGCGGGAUUACAUCGUGAUCGACGGGAAAGCCAUUUACGGGGCCUUCGUAAGUGUUCAUGAUAAAAGGAAGAUUGGCGUCGGCCUUGCGAUGGAGAGGGUUGAUAGGAAUACACGAAUUCAAUUUUCAAGUCACGCUCAAGGAUCAAACGCUCUACAAAGGAUCGUUUUAGAAGUGCUAAAGUACAACCCGUAUGAUCGGCCGACCGCUCAGGAGAUUUGCAACCGUCUGAGGGUUAUUUAAUUAAGAGAGUGUAGAACCUGGCGAGUCUUCGACUGAGGCUGGCUCGAGCUGCUAAGCGUGUAAGUCUGCCGAACAGGUGAACUGGCACUUACCUACCUGGGUACACGACCAGACAAGAAACUUAGAAGAGAACUUAAAAACUAUACAUUUAACACUUGUCCUUUAAUGUAAAGCGUUGUCACAUGAUUGUUGGGUACAGGACUAAGUUACAAAAAUUAAGGUAAGAGGCAUGCAUAUAAGAAUUUCUGGAAUAUAUAUUGGUUGUGAGUUUCUAAAGGACAUAUAGGCGUCUUGUCAACACCGCUACAUUACAGUCCUUGUUGGCCCUUUUCUUUUUAUUAGCGUCUACUACAAUCUCUCGAAUUAGGCGACGAACAACACUUUAGGAAUCUUUAUGGUGAUGUCGGAAACAAAGAGCGCUUUAGUGAUAAAAAUUUCUCACCGAUAUUGCCUAUUAACAGUCUGAAAUUCAGAUCUUUUAAAUAUUUGUUUCUUCGGGCAACUUGACUGUUUUUUUCGGGCCACAUUACUAAAAAAUUUCGGGCAACUUGACUCAGGUUUCAGGCGACAUGACUUCGGGCGAGAUGACUCUCGGGCGACUUGACUGUAAACCCAAAAAGGAGAUCAGUUGAACUUCAAAUCAUGAAAGAAUUCUUACUGACUAGAUUCCUAUUUUCUUAAAUUUUGCUCUCAUAAAGACAAUACAACUACUGAUGAUGAAGAUAUUUGCCCUUCCGACUGGCCGAAGGUCUAUGAAUUUUAUAUAAAUUGCCACAAAUGCACCACUACGUAGACAAGGGUUUACGGUCAAGUCGCCCGAAAGUCAUCUCGCCCGAAAUUUUAUCGAGUGUUGUUUAAACUUGAAGAAAAGUAACAUCUUAAGUAAAUCGCAAGGAAUAACCUCGUAAAAUGUUGACUCGUGAAACUCAGGUUGUUCGUUUCGCUGUCGUUUGAAAUCACGGAGAUAGUAAUCCUAAAAUAGAAAACGAAAAAAAAAAAAAAGUCAGUCACAUUAUGGUUUUAACUGUUGUUGUUUUAUCUGUGGAAGCAUUCUGUUACGAACGAAGGUUCACAUCAAUACGAUUGGAACAUCGGAAAAUGCCGCCAUCUUGAGUAUAGCACGUAUAGUUCGGCGAUACUGUAAUCAUUUGACAUGAUUAUGAUCCCUUUAGACACAAACAGAUCUACCAAAAAGGUAUUUCUCCCCGUUGUUUCAACGAGAGCUAUCUAGUUUGAAAAUCCCUUUUCUUCUUUUUCUUGGACCUGUGCUUUUGACUCACACAGAUGAGCAAGGUUAAUUUUUAACUGCACAGGCAUUAAUUGCUCUACACCAUCUAGCCUUCAAACAACCAGGGUUUUUAAAAAAGGUGAAAGUAAAAAUAGAAAAUUUGACAAAUUGAUGAUUGAAAUUUCUUCAUUGUUUUAGGGAGCUGUGAGAAGGAUUUGUGAACUGAUAAAAAAAGAUGACUUUAGUGGAUUGUAUCUUGACAAAGAGUGUGUAACAUGUUUUAAGAUUAAAAAAUGUUUCAGAUAUUUUAUUUGAUCCUGAUUAAGCAGUGAAAUCAGAGUCUAAGCUGCUGCUAGAGAUAUUGAGAUGUUAUGCGAAUAACUUAUUGUUACUGUUGUAGUAUUGGUGUUGAUAUUGCGUUGACAGAAUUGGAUAGCUUUGCAUAUAAACACAUUUAUGAGACCAUGUCCUCUCCAAAAUUGUUUUGUGCAUAUAGGAGGAUUUAUUGAUGAUGGUUUUUGGUCUUCAUAAAGUGCCUUCCAAGAAAAUCUAUGUAAAGUAAAUUUGGCAAUUGUAUGAUAUAAUCUAAAGAUCAAUCUGUAGUUGAGGCAAAAGAAAGAAAAAAAUUAGGAUGUUUAUUUGUGAUAAACAAUAGUUUAUAUGGACCAUUUGAUGGAAAAUAAGGAUGAAGAAAUUAUACAGUAUAUCAUGCUUAAGAAUUCCAUGCUUACACUAUGUACUCACAUACUUCAAGAGUAAUUAAUGAUUUGCAUGAUAUUUUUCCAUUUGAAGUCUUAAAACACCCAGUCUCCUGCUUGGUGUAUUGUUUCAUAAAAGUUAAUGAGACGAACUACAGCUUUUGAGGUGGUUAACUGAGCUGACCAGCAUAAAAAAAAAGAGAGCAACCGAAUUACUUAUGAUAGAGGUAAUGAGCGUUGAAGAAAGCUGCUAUGAAGAUGAUGAGGAUGGAAACUCUUUAAGAGUAGCCAAAUACUUUGUAGGUAGACUUCAAUUGGAGAGCAAACAAAUGAAGAAAUUAUCAAAAGACUUGAUAUGGUUUACUCUAAAAAAAAAGCUGACUACCAGAGCUUAAGAUAGAAUCCUGCCUCAGGUUGAUGGGGAAACCUUUAGUGAAAUGCACACCCACUGAAUAGAUUCUAGAGUGGGCAAUAAUGCAGUAGAAGCACUCUUACUGUUUUGCUGAGUAAUCAGCUUGAAAAUGCACGAUCUAUCCAGAUUACUAUAUAACAAGAAAAACAACAAAAAAUAUAUAACAAAGCCGAAACCUGUACUCAGACUUUGGCUUUUGGGCAAGCCUGAGUAAAAAGUAUUAAUUGGCCAAGUUUAGAAGGGGUUCAGGGCGUGGAGUUAAUUUUGUUUUCUGAUAGCCACUUGGCUCCUAAAUUUUUCAAAGUGGUAGCCAAUUCAAAAAAAGUUCUUAAAGACAAACAAAACCCUUUUUUACGCUGUCAGCCUUCUAGAUAAAACCUCCAAAAUUGAGCCAGGAAAAGGAUCUUUAACGUGCUACAAAGUGGACACUAGGAUGGAAGAUACUCAACGUUCAAGCUCACCUAAAUCCAAGAUGGCGUCUAGUUAUCGAUCGAGAUGCAUGUGCUGCGUUUUGGAAACAAACUUAACGAGGAAGUUUGCCGCGAAUUUAUCUUUGAAAAUCUUUUUGGUAAAAAUUUCCACACAGCCCCAUACUUUUGUCAAACAAAUCUGUUUUCCCAAUGGCAAUGAAAGGAACUGGGCUCCUGAUACAUAAUGUAGGAUGGGGCUGUGCAAAAUUUUACCGGAUUUGGUAACAAAAGUGAAAGAUUUAGUCGCAUUAACACCUGUAUUAGGCGCGAUUUCACGCCCUGGGGUUCCUUUACAUGCUUGCAUGAGGCUUCUUAUUCGCUUAACAUGUUAUUUGGCAAUUAUUAUGGCCCCAUUUUAUAGUAAUUGUGAAUUCUUCAAUUUUGCAUUUGAUUUCCUCCACAUGAUAUACAUAGUUGUACACUUCAUUUCUUUGUUUUAAACUGCGUUUAGAAUAAGAAAACUAAAUUGUGUAAGUGCUUUGCUAGAAGUAAUUAGGGUAUGCUAUUAUAUCUAACAAGUGUUAUAUAUGUAAUAAAGUAACAUUUAGUAUACAAUUAUUACAAUUUAGAUUGAUUUAGAAGAGUAUCCUGAUUUUUUAGAUGAUAACUGUUAAACUUGUAUUUUUUAUUGUACCAGUUCAAAUCAUGUUUCUUAGUUGCUGGAUUUGAGAGUACAAUAUGUGAAUUAAAAGCUUUUGGUGUAGUGUAUUAUUAUAGCUAACUACAUUCUUUGUGUAUUGUAGUGAGAAAGAUUCUAUUACAUAUGACAUGAUUGAAAUUAUAUGAAUUAUACCCUGGCAAAAAGAAACAAUUUUAAUAAAGUAUGACAAUAAGUAAUUCAUAACAUUUAAACAUCUCUUUUUUUUUUAUGUGUAGGCCUCAAAUGUUACAAGUCCAGAUAUUCUCAGCUUCAUUGUGGGUUUGCUUUAUCUUAGGGAAGCAAUUGAGUUAUCUAUAAAAUUAUUUCAUCGCUGCAAUUUAAAAAAAUUUUGUUAUCACUUGCAUGUCUUUUUUCCUAACAAUUUGAAGAUUACCCAUUAUAUUAAUAUACAUGAAUAUGGGUGUGAUAAGGCAAAUCAAGAGUCAAUUAAAGGUGAAGCUUUAAGAAGCACCAAAAGGUCACUUAAAGAUUAAUGUGAACAAAACUUGAAAUUUAAGAAAAACUGAAAGCACAACUUAAGUUGAAUUACGACAAAACCUUCAACUUUAAUUAGUAAUUAAAGGGAAACAAAUCACUGCGGUGUAAAGAUGCCAGAAGAAAAACCAUAGUAUCUAAAAAAAUUACAUCAUGGAUGUUACUACUUCCUAAAUGGGUAGGGAUAAUAAAGCACAAACUAACAUCAGAAAUAAUUGGCUUUAGCUCCUACCUUCAAGCAAACCCUGCAUUGUAAUGUAUUUUGCCUGACCGAAAAAACGCUAAUCCUGUUUACUAUAUUUAACAGACAAAAUAAUCAAUUAUUUGACAGAACAUUUAUUUUGGUUAUGAAUUCUCGGAAAAACAUUGCAUUUUAUGACUAGCGGGGGGAAGGGGGGGUCUUCCGUUUACAAAGGCUCAUCCCGAAUUAAUCCCAACCAAAGCAACUAAAACAACCAAGCUUUGAAUAAUGAUACUGUAAGACUUCCUCAAUUAAAUAUACAACAGUUCAACUCAUGCACAAUCGAAAUAUCGCCUUAAUACCGAGUACCACUGAAAUAACACCACCCCUGUAAGUUCCCUUAUGUCAAAUCAAUUGGCUAGUUCGUUUUUCCGAGAAAUCAGAACCAACCAUAACGCAGCGGCUGAACUCGUUGUUUCCAUCAAAUUGCCAUUUCGAAUAAAAAUAAAGAGAACGGUUGUGGCCUGAAAAACCCGAAAUGCAACAAGCCGGGAUUGAUCUUCCCCCAAGACUGCGUGUAGGCGACAAAACAGUGAGAGUCGAACAGCACCUUGGUAGUGGUGCAUUUGGAGAUGUUUACAAAGUAAGAGACGAUGCGCGCUCUAAAGUCUAUGCCUUAAAAGACGUCCUUUGCUUAAACGUUUCAAAAGUUCUUGAUGCAAUCCGUGAGGCAGAGACACUGUGCGAAAUCUCCCACGAAAACAUAAUCGCCCUAAAGCGGGGAGCAGAUCGGUUCGUCGACAAUCAAAACAACUUGCACAUGUUGAUUUUGACUGAGUAUUGCGCGGGUGGAAAAGUUAAACGAACGCCUUUCUCGACCAAGCUCCGAACGAACCAACUGGAAGUGGAUGAGUCAAGCUGCUGA